AUGAGGCGAACGACUAGCUUGACGGAGGUCGCGCCGCCGUCGGUGCUGGCGGUGGUGUUGGAGGACGAGGACGAGGACGAGCUGGUCAAGGCGGUGGUGCAGGCCGAAGAAGGUGGCGCCGGCGGGGGCCAGGACUGGCUGGCGGCCCUAGGCGGCGGCAGCGAUGCCCCCGGGACGGACUGGCUAGCGGCGUACCGCGCGCGCGCGGCGCCGGCGCGGGCGGGGCUCCGGCGCAACUCGGCCGACUACUCCAAGGUCGAGACCGCCGCGUUCCUCCGCCACUGCGGCCUCUGCCGCCGCCUUCUCGGCCCCGGUCGCGACACCUUCAUGUUUCAGGGGCGAGGCGGCGUUCUGCAGCCUGGAGUGCCGGCAGCAGCACAUAACCCACGAGGAGUGGAAGGACAAGCGCACGUCAAGGUCCAUGAGCGAGGCGGCGGCGCCGGCGACCAGCCGCGGCCGCUCCGGCAAGACCGACACCGGCGGCACGGUGGCGGCGGCCUGACCUGA